AUGGCCCUGGACAUGGACAGCGAGCCGUCCACUCCGACGACCCAGUCCUCCUACUUCUCGGGCUGCAUGAUCUCCCCAGCGUGGCUGCCGCCGGGCGUGCGCCGGAGCCCCGCGCGCUUCCAGCUGCUCGGCUGCGGGGACGACGCCGCGGGCCGCGGCGGCGGGCGACGCGCGUGGAGAGGGCUGCUCCGGCGGCUGGUGCGGGAGAGUAAGAGCAUCUGCAGCAACGCCUGCAGGGCGCCCGUCGCGGCCACCUUCAAGUACGACGCCGACAGCUACGCCAAGAACUUCGACGACGGCCGCUGGCACCGGCCCUGCGGCGCCGCAGCCGCCGCUGGUUGCCCCUCGCCGUCGCCGCUGUCGAGCCGGCGCCCGGUUGAUAAGUCCACCGGAGAGAGCUAG